AUGGUCACGCCUUCGAAACAGCAAGUCGGCCUGCAGAACGCGCCGUUCGCUGUGCCGCUAAUCCAUGAGCCCGAGUCCAAGUACUACAACCACCCGAUCAUCGUGCUCGACUUUCAGUCGCUGUACCCUUCGGUGAUGAUCGCAUACAACAUUUGCUAUUCCACCUGCCUCGGAAGAGUUGAGCAGUUCAAAGGCACAAACAAGUUCGGAUUCACCGAGCUCAAGGUCCCAGAUGGUCUCCUUGAACUUCUGAAGGACUACCUGACGGUCACUCCAAACGGCAUGAUCUUCGUGAAACCGGCUGUGCGCAAGAGUCUGUUGGCCAAGAUGCUUGGAGAGAUCCUCGACACGCGAGUCAUGGUCAAACAGGCCAUGAAGGGCUAUCGCGACAACAAGAGUUUGACCCAGAUGCUCAAUGCGCGCCAGCUUGGUCUCAAGCUCAUGGCGAAUGUCACAUAUGGCUACACAUCUGCGACCUACUCCGGGCGCAUGCCGUGCAUUGAGAUCGCCGACUCGAUCGUGCAGACCGGUCGCGAAACGCUGGAGAAGGCUCAGGAGCUCAUCAACUCCGAGGCGAAAUGGGGUGCAACAGUCGUCUACGGCGACACUGAUUCCUUGUUCGUCGCACUCCCAGGUCGCUCAAAGGACGAAGCGUUCAAAAUCGGUCACGAUAUAGCGGAUGCGGUGACCGCGAUGAACCCCAAGCCGGUCAAGCUCAAGUUCGAGAAGGUGUACAUGGGCUCGGUGCUGAUGGCGAAGAAGCGCUAUGUCGGCUUCAAGUACGAGCACCCGGACGACGUGGACCCGGUGUUCGACGCCAAGGGUAUCGAGACGAUCCGCCGAGAUGGCUUUCCUGCGCAGCAGAAGAUCGAGGAGAUUGCGCUCAAGAUGCUAUUCAAGAACCAAGACCUCAGCGAGAUCAAGGCGUUCGUGCAGGACGAGUGGCGUAAGAUUCUCACGGGACGCGUGUCGCUGCAAGACUUCAUCGUGGCGAAAGAGGUUCGCCUGGGAACGUACUCCGAGAAAGGUGUCCCUCCGCCGGGUGCAGCCGUAGCGUACCGGCGAAUCCUGAAGGACCCGCGCGACGAGGUCGAGUACGGCGAGCGCGUCCCCUACAUCAUCUCAGACAGCAGCACGGGCGGAAAGCGCCUGAUCGACAAGGCGCGCACGCCAGAGGAGAUGCUCUCGAGCAAUCUAGGCAUCGACAAGGAGUACUACAUCCGCAACCUGCUCAUCCCCCCGCUGUCGCGCAUCUUCAACCUCGUCGGCGCCGACGUCGAGCAGUGGUACGACAGCAUGCCACGCAGCAAGCGUGUGUCAACGUACGGUGCGAAUGGCGGCGGAGGCAGCGCCCGGACGACCCGCAUCGAUGCGCAUUUCCGCUCACGCCAUUGCCUCGUCUGCGGCGCCGAGAGCGGAGACGCCCUGUGUGCCGCAUGUCGGGACGAGCCUGCCGCAACGGCCCACGCACUCUUGAGUCGGCAACACGCAGCGCACUCCCGCCUCGCAGAGCUGCAGCGUAUCUGCGCCAGCUGCGCCGGCACGGGGCCAGCCGAGCGCGUGCUGUGCGACUCGAUAGACUGUUCGGCGCUGUACGCGCGCGCCCGUGCCGAGAAGGACGUGACGGACGUCGCGGACGUGCCGGCGCUCGUGGCCGAGCUAGAUCAGCAAGACACGCUGGACCUCGACUGGUAA